ACUUGGAAUAUUCCUGUUCGCAGAUUUGGGCCACUGACUCUCAACCUGGUUGUUCUGUUCUGUGUUGUGUACUAUUCUAAUCAUUUGAAGAUUGAUGGAAUAACCCUUUUAACUCUCCUACAUAUGGGCUGACAAGAAAAUUAGAAAUACUCUUAAUAAUAACGUUCACAAAAAUUGGAUGAAUAGAACCAAGUGUGAGAACACCCUAAAACUCAUGACAAGGCAACUUUAAAGCUUCCUGAUUAUAGUAGUUUCCUGUCCGUGUGGUUAUUUUAGAGAACCGAGGCAGAAUAUGCUGCUUUAAAGAGAAGAGAGAAUGAAUGUCAAGUGAUCUAAAAUGGACACCUCAUCACCUGCUCCACCCACACCUGUCCCAGAGCGGUUGCUAGCUAUUCUACUACAACUGACCAGUGAGGAGUUGAAGUCAUUUCAGUGGUACCUGAAGCAGCCUGUUUUGGGUGGCUCAUCUCCCAUCCCAGUUAGCAGGCUGGAAAAUGCUAAAAGAGAGGACACAGUGGAUCAGAUGGUGCAUACCUAUAGGGAAGCUGGUGCUCUGGAGAUGACACACCAUAUUCUGCAAAAGAUUAAACGGAAUGAUCUAGCUGUUCCAAUGUCAGGGACAGAACACCAAGCCACAGCAGGAGUAUCAGCCACACCAACCAGGCCCAACCUGAACACAAGCACCGUACCAGUUCAGGAUGCUUCUGCAGAUCUCUCCAACCACACUGAGCCUGGAGACCAUGUUAAGGGACAUAAACUCACUACUGUUAACUCUACAGAUGAUGGUCCUUCGUAUGAAGAUGUUGAGAAGUACCGGCGUAAAUUCCAAUACAAACUGAAGGAGAAGAUUCAGCAUGUAUUUGAGGGGGUGCCAAAACAGGGAAAGAAAACACUUCUCAAUAAGAUCUACACAGAACUCUACAUCACAGAGGGUGGAAGUGAAGAGGUCAAUAAUGAACACGAGGUAAGACAGAUUGAGAUCACACCAGCAGCGACAGAAGAAAGGUUGAUCGAAUGCAAUAACAUCUUUACAUUUGUAACUGGACAAGACAAACCUACCAGAACUGUGCUGACGAAGGGAGUCGCUGGCAUUGGAAAAACAUUCUCUGUACUUAAGUUCAUUUUGGACUGGGCUGAAGGAAAAGCAAAUCAAGAUAUCCAGUUCAUAUUUUCACUGCCUUUUCGAGAGCUAAAUUUGGUGCGGAAGAAAAUGCUGAGUUUAGUGGAUCUUGUUCAUGAAUGCAUCAGAGAGGCAAAAGUGAUUGAGAAGGAAUUUCUCUAUCAGGUCUUCACAAAAUUACAAGACUCAGGAAACCCAAACUACAAUGAGAGCAGGUACAAAGUUCUAUUUGUCCUUGAUGGUCUAGAUGAGUGUCGAUUGCCUCUAGACUACAAGAAGAAUGAUAGCUGGGAUAAAGCUACAGAGCCAACCUUAGUGGAUGUGCUUCUGAAAUCCCUCAUCAAUGGGAAUCUGCUUCCCUCUGCUCGCCUCUGGAUAACCUCCAGACCUGCAGCAUCCAAUCAGAUUCCUUCUGGGUGUGUUGACCAGGUGACAGAAGUACGAGGGUUCAAUGACCCACAGAAGGAGGAGUACUUCAGGAAGAGGUUCAGUGAUGAGAAUCUGGCAAACAGAAUCAUCUCACACAUUAAGACAUCAAGGAGUCUCCACAUCAUGUGCCACAUACCAGUCUUCUGUUGGAUCGCAGCUACAGUUCUGGAGCGCAUAUUGAGCACAUAUACGAAUGGAGAAAUACCAAAGACUCUGACUCAAUUAUUCCUUGGUUUACUGGUGUUUCAUGCUAAACAGAUGAACGAGAAAUAUAAUGAGAAAGGUGAGGGAGAGCCACACUGGGAUAAAGAGAGCAUUAUGGCACUUGGAAAACUGGCCUUUCAACAGCUAAAUAAUGGCAACCUCAUUUUCUAUGAGUCAGAUCUGCAAGAGUGUGGCAUUAGUGCCAGAGAAGCUUCGGUUCGCUUGGGAGUGUUCACACAGCUCUUCAGAGAGGAUUAUGGGCCGUUCCAGGAGAAGGUGUACUGCUUUGUGCAUCUGAGCAUCCAGGAGUUUCUGGCUGCGUUGUAUGUCUUUUUAUCAUUCAACAACAACAAUGUAAACCUAAUGAACAAAGAACUUUCCACCAUCAGAAACAUUCUUAGGAAGUUUACAUUAAAAUCUGCCUUCACCUUUCACAAGAGUGCUGUGGAUAAAGCCUUACGGGGUAAGAAUGGACACCUGGACCUGUUCCUCCGCUUCCUUCUGGGCCUCUCACUAGAGUCCAAUCAGUCUCACUUACACGGCCUACUGACACCGACAAGGAGCACGAAAAGCAGCUCUCAGUGCCAUGAGCAAACAGUCAAGUACAUAAAGAGGAAGAUCAGAAACAAUCACUCUCCAGAGAAGUGCAUCAAUCUGUUCCACUGUCUAAAUGAACUAAAUGACCAUUCACUGGUGAAGGAGAUCCAAAACUACCUGAGCUCAGGAAAUGUCUCCAGAAAAGAACUCUCACCUGCACAGUGGUCAGCUCUGGUCUUUGUGUUGUUGACUUCAGAAGAGGAGCUGGUUGUGUUUGAUCUGAAGAAAUACUCCAGAUCAGAAAAGGGGCUUCUGAGACUGUUGCCAGUCGUCAAAGCCUCCAGAACAUCUCUGCUGAAUGGAUGUAACCUCACAGAGAGAUGCUGUGAAGCUUUAGCCUCAGCUCUCAACUUCUCCCACCUGAGAGAGCUGGACCUGAGUGACAACAACCUGCUGACAGAUUCAGGAGUGAAGUUGCUCGCUGUUGGACUGGAGAAUUCGCACUGUAAACUUGAGACACUGAGGUUGUCAUUUUGUGGAGUCACAGCGAAAGGCUGUGCUUAUCUGGCCUCAGUUCUAAUGUCAAACUCUUCAAACCUGAGAGAGCUGGACCUGAGUGACAAUGACCUGCGGAAUUCAGGAGCAGAACUGCUCUCAACUGGACUGGAGAAUCCACACUGUAAACUUGAGACACUGAGGUUGUCAUUCUGUGGAGUCGCAAAGAAAGGCUGUGCUUCUCUGGCCUCAGCUCUGAGGUCAAACCCCUCACACCUGAGAGAGCUGGACUUGAGCUACAAUCACUCAGGAGUGAAUCUGCUCUCUGCUAUAUUAGAGGAUCCCUGCUGUAAACUGGAGAAACUCAACAUGGGAUCUGGAGAUUUCGCAACCCAACCAGGUCAAAUUAAAUAUGCACGUAAUCUCACACUGGACCCAAACACAGCACACAGACGCCUCUCUCUGUCUGAGGGGAACAGAAAGGUGACAUGGGUGGAUGAGAAGCAGCGGUAUCCUGAUCACCCAGAGAGAUUUGGGAACUGUGAACAGGUGCUGUGUAGAGAGGGUCUAUCUGGGCCCGGGCCCUGUUACUGGGAGGCAGAUUGGAAUGGGGAAUGGGCUGUUAUAGGAAUGGCAUAUAAAGGAAUCAGCAGGACAGGAGGGCGUAAAGACUGUGUGCUUGGAUACAAUUGUAAGUCUUGGAGUUUGGAGUCUUCUAAUCACAGCAACACCACCUGGCACAAUAAUAACUGCACUGAGUUUCCUGUCCAAUCCUCCCCUUACUACAGAGUAGGAGUGUAUCUGGACUGGCAGGCCGGCAUUCUGUCCUUCUGCAGAGUCUCCUCUAACAUACGGACACACCUGCACACAUUCCACACCAAAUUCACUGAGCCCCUCUACCCAGGGUUUUAUGUUGGGAGUGGCUCCUCAGUAACUCUGAGGUAAAAACUUUGCUUUAGGACAGCGGCAGUUUUGUUAUUAUUGGCGUUUGUAAAUAAUGUUAUUCGUUGAGUGUUUUGUGAAACUCUGCUUCUGUUUGAACUCAAUUACACUGAAUGGAAUAUUUUUCAAUAUUUAUUGAUAUUAACUGUUGUAAGAGUGUAAGUAUUGUUUAUUCGGUCAUUCUAACAGUUGCCGCUGUAUAUACUGGGAUCACUGUGAUUAUACUAUUAUGUUAUUUGAAGAUGUCACACUUGAAAUAAACUGAAAAGAUGUACAGGUGUAGGAUCUUAAUUUGAUCACUUGUUGCUGAGAAUUUUACUGCACAGCAGGAAAUGCAAACUUGUAGUGAGUUUUAAAAAGGCUUCUAAAAGUCUGGGUUUUGAAAUUUCAUCAACCCCCUACAAAAAUGUUAAAUUCACCUUUCCCAAUUCACAUUUCCUGUUGCUGCAGGAUUAUUUUCCUGCUGUUGCAAACGGUCUCGAAUGAAGAUGGCAACUGUCUCACCACAGUUUAUAUGACCAACAUCAGGAGUUUCAUAAGCAUACCUUUAGCAAUUCAAUUUGUGAUUUUCCUAUACUUAAAACAUAUAUUAUUCAUUCCAUGUUGAUUAUGUGAAAAGGGAAACAUAUGGACAUCUGUUUAAAUUCUGUUUGUUUAAUCCAACAACCCCAUGCCAGUUUGUGAAUAUAUCCCGUGUUUGUUCAGUUGGUACAGCCUGGCACUUGCAAUGCCAGGGUUGUGGGUUUGACUCCCACAGGGGACCAGUAUGAAAAAUGUGUGAACGCACUACUGUAAGUAGCUCUGGAUAAGAACCUCUGCUAAAUGACUAAAAUGUGAUAUUCAACACAUCGUCAACCCAAUAACAUAUUAGCCUACAGUACAGUAGGCCUAUGUCCAAUAGUGAACUGAGCAUGAUGGAAGAGUAAAACCUAUAGUUUGAUAUUGGAGUAUUUGUAUUACAAAAAAUGUUUGACCAUCAUGCAAAUUAAAAAGGUAUGUUAUGACAUG